UCUUUUCUCAUCAGACGACUUUUGGCAGCGACGGCGCAGUGACAGAAAACCCUCACUGAUUUAAGGCCGGCGUGUCGCUCGCACAGCUUUUUACCCAAAGAGACUCCUGAAGGGCCGCUGAGGAAGAAGAUGUUGAGGCGAAGGCCCUCCAAUGCCUCGGAGAAGGAGCAGGGGCAGAAGAAGAAGCUCACUCUGCAGAGAUCGAGCAGCUUCAAAGAUUUCAUGAAGCACAAACCUACUUCUCCCGUGGUGUCCGAGAAGGAGUAUAACGUGGAGGAGAAUUUGACGCAGGGUUUAGCGGCAGAGGACUCCGUAAAAAGUGGCAUCAAACUUGGGAAAAAAUGGCGCAACGUCAUCUCACGCACCAUGACCCGAAAAACAUCCAAGAUGGUGCAAAAGGCUCUGGCUGAAGAGGGGGCUGAGAGCGGGGAGGAGCUGUCUCCGGUCUCUUCUGACUGGCUUCCAGAUCUGAGUGCAGGACAGAGGACGUCUGUGUGCUCCUCAGGGUCAGAGGACACACCGCCCAGCCUCAUCACCCGCCAGCUCUCAGGCAGCGGCGACAGACAGAGCCUGGACAGCGGAUACUGCCAGAGGGACAGCAUGAGGCUGGAGGAGAACGGCGUCUCUUACAACGGACCUUUCUGCGGCCGCGCACUGGUCCACACCGACUUCACUCCCAGCCCGUACGACGUGGAGUCACUCAAACUCAAUAAAGGAGACAUCAUCCACAUCAUCGAGAAGCCUCCCGUCGGGACCUGGACGGGGAAGCUCAACAACAAAAUGGGCUCCUUUAAGUUCAUCUACGUCAACCUGCUGCCCGACGAAAGCCCGCCGUCCAGGAGGAGGCGCUGCGACAGCAAGAACCGCCGAUCCAAUUGCAAACCCAAAACCCUGGAGGAGGUCCUGGACGGCAUGGGCCUCACUGAGUUGAGUUCUCUGCUGUCCAUGCACGGUUUCCAGACACUGGAGGACUUUGCGGGACUGCAGGAGUCUCACCUCAACGAGCUGAACAUCACAGACCCGGACAAGCGCGCCAAGAUCCUGAGUGCCUGUGAACUGCUGAGAGACUCUGAAGACGAGUCGGAGCCAGAUGACGAGGACACGUCCGGGGGGGACGACAAGGAGCCGAGGGACUCGGGCUGCUUCGAGAGCUCCGAGUGCCUGGAGGGCCGACGCGGAGAAGCGUCAGAGGAGCAGGCAAACCGGGAGGAGGCGGAGAAACGUGGAGAGACGCAAACUGAGCAGCUGGACGCUCUGCAGGAACAGCUGCAGGAGCUGGAGGUGGACGAAGGAUCUUGAGAAGUGAUGGAAAAACACUUUUCUUUCUUAAAUUCUUGGUUCUCAGGGACUCCAUUAAAAUGCCUCUUCAUUGUAAAAGGAUUGGACUGGUUAUUGGAGCACAAAGUAAUGUUCUAAUACUGUAUGCAGAUGAUGGUUUGUGCUGCUGAGCGAGCAGCAGAUGCAGUUGUCUCCUCCUGAGGAUUUCAUGUUGUGAUGAUGAUGAUGACACCAGAAAAGCGCUUGAAAGCGUUUCGUUCUUUAUGAACCGGUCGUAAAGGUUUUCAUGUUGUUUGCUCUUACACGCAAUUGUGAAUGUAAAAUAUGUUUCAUGUCACUUGGAGUAACUUGGAUUGUAACUUGAAGUAGUUUGCUCUUCACUGAUUUCCUCACAUUGUGAGGAAAUAUUGAUGUAAAUAGAGUUGAAAUUAAACAAAAAUCCCCUGAGAUGCUGAGACUUUUUGUACAUUACCAGACUUCUUCCAACAUACUAUAAAGUUUAUAAAUUGAAUUUUGAAAUGUCAUUUUAAGAAUGUUUUUGACACGUUAUACUGUGACUCAAAAUAAUGAUCUAACUUGUUAUUUCAACAUGCUGCAUUUUCUUUUACUUUUCAUGACUUUUUUUCUAAGAUGGCUUCUUCGCAUCUUUUUAAAAUAUACUAGGAUUUUUAUUUUACUUUUAAUCAUUUUUCGAAACGUAUCUAAUUGUAUUCAUGUACAUAUUGUACCAUACAUUGUGUAUUUAGCAUCAAUUGGUAGGCUCAUUAAUUACUUUUCUCACACUAUAUUAUGAAUUUUUAGGACUUUUAAAACUAGUUUACUUUUUAGAGAUACUGAAAUAUCUUUUGGUUUUAUAGCUUUCUACAACAUCCUAUACUUAAACCUUAAAAAUACAAUUCAAUUAAUUAUGCAGUUCAACUUUUUUUAAUACAUCUUAAAAAUGUCCUAAAUAUUCAAAACGUAUUAUGUAUGAAUAAUUCUGAAAAGAUAAAGAUAAAAUAAAGUCAUUGUAACGUAAUUCA